UUAUACUCUUCUCUUAAUGUUCAUGAUAGAUUCCCUGAGCUCAAUGGAGUUAGUCUCGACUUCGUCCAUGUCCUUCUCAUGACACGUGAUCUCAAGAUCAAUAUUCGAAAGCGUGCUAUUGCCAGCUUCUUUGAAUGGGAUAAACUUGAUUGUGCUGUAGGCGGAUCCCACCAAGCAUUAGGUAAC